AUGAAAAACGCUUCAGAACUGUGCGAGAAGCUCGAUCUCGCGUUCAAAGAAUAUGAAAAUGAUGCCCUUUCUCUGGUGACCGUUAUCGAUUUGUACUCAAUUGAUUUCAUCAAGGGUGGCUCGUUGCCCGACAAGGCCGCGUUUUUACGCGCUCUUCAUGUCAAUCUGCAAAAAAACCCACAAACUGUUGAAAAAAUUGGCUGGGACUUGCCCAAAAUUCUCCUAAGGUUUCUGGCUCCAAAACACCUCGACUUCAGUCUCUCACUUUCCAAUAAUCCUGUUACCUCAAUGGUACUAAAAUGUUUCUACGAGAUUUCGUUGGCGGGAAAUGCCAAAGAGUGUUUCCUGGCAGGGUGCGAGCUUUUGGGAGAACUGGAUAUGCAGACUCUCGAACCUGAAGACGACGGUGCAUUCGAAGACGAUACUGAUGAUGAAACUGAUGCUCCCGAAAACGAAACCGACAACACCGUUUCCGGCGAAUUGGACCAAAAAAUUUCAGACACCGAAAAUGAUUGGGCGGGUGUUGCUACUCUCAAUCGCGAGCCUGAAGAAUACUUCUUGGAAUUGAAGCUUUACGCAUUAAUAGAAUUUAUCGCGACAACUAUGAAACGUAUCCAUACUUGCUAUCCGUCAAGAUUUCUGGCUGCAGCUGUUGGUGCUAUUUUCAGUUUCAUAAGGAACAAUGCUGCCCGCAUUGACGACUGUAUCUUUGUUUUGCGUCGAAUUUACGCGUUUUCCCGCAAUUACAUUCCUCCUCAACACCAGUCCGAAGCCGUAAAAGACCUGACUUCUGAAGAGUACAGUGCCCUGGUGGAAGACGAAAAUGCUCUGCAGCGCAAACUCCUUCAGUGUUUAAUUACGCAUUCUCUGGGCCAGCUUCUGCAGAAUAGAAGAAUGUGUACGGCCACAGAAUACGUCUUAAACCUCAGGAAUAUCGAUGUUUCAAACCUCAACUAUGAGCUUCGCAACAUCAUGCGCUCACUUGUUGCCCGAUAUUAUCAGCUUGCCCUCUCUUUCGAUAUCGAUAUUGAGGCCGCAUUCAGGAGUCAGUGUAUCAGUGAGUCUGUUUCCAUCUAUCAAUCCCUACCUCAAGACUCCGAAGUUGUAAAUGAGGAGGCGAAGAGUGGCAUAACACAGCUCAUAUACCAGCUGGCACACACUUACUGCUUACAAAAAAAGAUCACCGAGAAGAACCUCUCGUUAGACCCACAUGGAAUACUUGUACUUGCCACCUACCAUUACCAGGAAACCAGGAAAAUACUCUGUCCCGAUAUUAAAAUCGACGAAGCGAUUUGCAUGUCCUUGAGAUUUUAUACCCCCGAGGUCUACUCUGAUUCCAAUCCAAACUCUUACGCAAACGAGAGCUGUCAGUUUUGGAUUUGGGCAGCGGUGAUGAACUCAACGUGCAAGGAGAGCCGUUACGCUUUGAGCAAAAUACCCUCGUACCUUCUUGCUACUUUUCUUCAAAUUCAACUUUUGAGUGCUUUCAGCGAAACUUUAGAAUAUUCAAGAAUGGUUGCAUUUACUCUACUCACAAGAUUAAUGUGCUUAGCGCCCGAGUCUGAUGCUUUUGAGUUCGUGAGGGACACGUUGUUGCACUGUCCUUCUAUGGACAUGAAGUGCUGCAUUCUGGGCAUUCUCAAGGAUUUAAUGUUGAACGUUCAAGGCGCAACUGCAAAGACAACUGAAAUGCUCGCUGGGUUGAAAAUUUCGAGCGAGACCAAGGCAUCUUCGAAGCCCGAGCUGCCAGCGAGGCCUUACGUGAUGGUGAACGAAGACCGGAAAGCAACCAUUCAUAGUUUGGCCAUCAUGAGUUUCGAGGAAUCAAAAAAAGUGCCCGUUAAACAGAAUCUUCUGCUGUCGUUAAACUUUUUGAACUUCUUUAUCAGCUUGAGACUCAAAUGGGACAAAGCGCUGUUAAAAGUAAUACAACAAAAUGCGAACGAACUUGUCGAGGCCAUCAAAGACAAGUCCGAACCAGAGAUUGGUUUCAUUCAAAUAGCAAGUGAAAAUCUCAAAUCAUAUUUAUCGCAAUAA